CUUGUGUCACCACACUCGACGACCACUUCUGUUUACACCGUGGCGAACACAUGUCGGAGGUUGUAGAUGAAGUAUUUCAGUAGUUUUUCUAUACUAUUUCUGACUUCAGAUUAGUGAUUUUCGGGUGAAACAAGUGAAAUUCGGAAGUACAGAAACUAGUGAUGACCGAUCGUGAAAGUUUACUGGCUAGCAUUACUGCCCAGGGUGAUGUGGUUCGGCAACUGAAGGCAGCCAAAGCAGAAAAAUCCAAGUGAGAUGCGAUUCUGGAGACACGAAACACGGUUUAUUACACAAAAAGUAAACUCGUUGGAACGAUCGUGAUAUUUUAAGCUUUGGGUAGCGGCUCAGGCAGCACCAAAGGAUAAAAACUAAUAUUUUCGAAUAACAACGCGGUAGUAAGGAACCAUGCUAAGCCAAUUGCGUCGAGGAGGUUCCACCUUAUUAACCGUACUUCAUAGAUCGCCUACCAUAACUGCAACUUUUGCAGGAAGGCUCGAUCAUGCCACCUACUCAUCGUUCGUCGUAGGUAGCCGAAUCAGUUCCCACGAACACGUGAACUGUCGCUUCUGUUCAACCAAUGCCUCAGCCCACUUUCAACUUAAUCCUAACGACAAAACCUAUCACCAAAUUACACAGAUCGAUGAGGAGGUGGCCAAGCUGUUGGCCCUCAAGGCCAAAAUACAGGAUGAACCGGAGCGGGGCAACAAAAAUAUAACCCUGAAAACGCCGAAAGGUACCCGCGACUAUGGUCCGGAAGCGAUGGCCCUCCGGCAGAACAUCCUCGAGCGGGUGGCAACCGUCUUCAAGAAGCACGGAGCCGAAACGAUCGACACGCCGGUGUUCGAGCUGAAGGAGGUGCUGACGGGCAAGUACGGCGAGGACAGCAAACUGAUCUACGACCUGAAGGAUCAAGGCGGCGAGAUUCUGGCGCUGCGAUACGAUCUGACGGUACCGUUCGCCAGAUUCGUCGGCAUGGGGAAUGUGUUUAACAUCCGGCGGUAUCACAUUGCGAAGGUCUACCGGAGAGAUAAUCCCGCCAUGACCAGGGGUCGGUACAGGGAGUUCUAUCAGUGCGAUUUCGACAUUGCCGGAACGUACGAUCCGAUGCUGCCGGAUGCGGAGUGUGUGAAGGUGGUGACGGAGAUUUUGACCGAGUUGGACAUUGGGGAGUUUGUGGUCAAGCUGAACCACCGAAAGCUGCUGGACGGAAUGUUUGAGGCUUGCGGAGUGGCGGAGGAUAAGUUCCGAACGAUUUGCUCGUCGGUGGAUAAGCUGGACAAGACCCCUUGGGAGGAGGUUCGCAAGGAGAUGAUUGACGAGAAGGGUCUCGAUGGGGAGAUUGCCGACAGGAUUGGGGAGUACGUGCGGCUGAACGGUGGUGUGGAGCUGGUUGACAAAUUGGCGGCAGACGAGAAACUAAAAAAUAUCAAAUCAGCAAUAGAGGGCAUCAAGGAUAUGCGCCUUUUGUUACAGUAUUGUGAAAUUUUCGGGCUGAAGGAUAAGAUCGUAUUCGAUUUGAGCUUGGCCCGUGGGCUGGAUUACUACACGGGAGUUAUUUAUGAGGCGGUUUUGAAGGCAGAACCCUUACCGUUGGAAAACGGUAAGAAGGGGAAGCACAAGGAGGAGGAUGUGAGCGUUGGUUCGGUGGCAGGAGGCGGACGGUACGACAAUCUGGUUGGAAUGUUCAACCCGAAGCGAAAACAAGUUCCUUGUGUGGGUGUUUCGAUUGGCGUGGAGCGGAUCUUUUCGAUCUUGGAAGCCAAAUCGCAGCAGAAGAUUCGGACGACCGAGAUCCAGGUUUAUGUGGCUUCGGCGCACAAGGGUCUGCAUUUAAAGCGAAUGGAAGUACUAAACAAGCUGUGGGAUGCCGGCAUCAAGGCGGAACAUCCUUACAAGGAGAAUCCGAAGCUCUUGGCACAGUUGCAAUACUGCGAGGAAAAUCAGAUUCCGUACGCCGUUGUACUUGGGGACGGAGAAUUGUCGCGAGGUGUUGUAAAACUAAGGGAAAUCUCCACCCGAAAAGAGGAUGAGGUUCCGGUGGAAACGUUGGCCGAGGAAAUCCGCAGACGCUUGAAGGUUUGAAGUUUCUAGGGUGACACAUUUUGGUUAGCUCGUAAAUAGGGAAUUUUCAAUGCUGAAUGUCUGGGAAAGAGAUGGUAAAGACCUAGUUUGCUGCCGUAUAGAUAUGCUCGUAACGGCAAUGAGAAAGUUAUUUAUUUUUUUCUGGAUGUUUAAUAACUCUGAACGUACACAUACGCAUAGAAUUACAGCGGACUAGAUUGACGCGAUAACCGCAACGUUAUGAAACAAUGUGACGAUUUCAUGUCCUGGAACAUAUUUAUUUGAAAAUUGUAUGUCUUCGAAUGUUUUAUGUGUAUUUCAUAAUUUUGUUUAAAUUUCAGCAUCUAAGGUAAUGGUCUUAAAUAUUCUACAAAGAUAUCCACCGCCGGUGCUUUCGUGUCAAUCACAUUAGCGAUUUCGUUACGCUUGAACUAUUUCUAUUAAUAGCUUUCAAAUUUAUUGUAUUUUUAUAUAGGUAUCUACCAUGAUGAAAUUAUGACUUUGUUCAUGAGAAAUGCCAAAAAACUAAACCAGGUUCAUCUUAUUUUAAAAGUAAUCGUAUACCUACCUACAACAGUCGCAUUUGAACUUUAUCACGUAACACGUUGAUAAGAUAAAGAUAAAUUAAGUUUUUUUUACAGUUAACCAUUGCAUAAUUUGCAUAACAGGCAAAAGUUUUGAAAAUAUUGCAGAGUAAUACUACCUAUUUAAAUUAGUUGAAGUUUUGUAUUAAAAGUUAUGCAUGACAUGAAAGUACCGGCAGAUCAUUUUAAGAUAGGUUCGUUAAUGUUUAUCAUCUCUUAUAGGGUAUUCAGACUACGUGCCUUAUCAUGCGAUAUAGAUUAACUUCAAAGAUUAAAUUUUCUCUUGAAAUAAUGUUUCAUGUCAAGUUACAGUAUAUUGCGUGAUAGAGCUCUUAGUAUCAUUAUUCUAUUAUUCUCAUUGAUGACCUGCGCUGAGGAUUCCUAUCGUUUGCUCUACUGCCUCUUUAGAAUCCGAUGGAGUAUGUUUAGCACGAUUGAUUCAUGUAUUUUGUGAUCCAUGCGUAUAAAAGAAUGAUUGAAAAAAGUCAUAUAAGGUUGAAAGAAAAAGUAA